AUGAGGUCUCUGGCCCUCAGGCUCUUUUGCCUGCUCUGCUGCGAUACAGUCCGAGUGGACCACAGAGACAGACGCCAUCCCAGACCAUCCGUUCUGUCCGGAGGACGCAAUGACUCGGUCAUCCAGUCCAACUCAGUGGAGAGCCUGUGUAAAGGGAAGCCCCUGGAUUUUGUGUUCAUCAUCGACAGCUCCUGCAGCGUAGGUCCCAGCGACUACGAUAAGGUCAAGAUCUUCAUCACCAACAUCCUGGCCUUCCUGGACGUGGGGCCGGAGGCGACGCACGUCGGGCUGCUGCAGUACGGCAGCGUGGUGCAGAACGAGUUCUCCCUCAACACCUACAGCAGCAAGGCAGAUGUGGAGCAGGUGGUGAAGGCCAUGGACCACCUGGCCACCGGCACCAUGACCGGCCUGGCUAUCCAGUACACCAUGGAGACAGCCUUCACCGAGCCAGAGGGCGCCCGACCCGCCGACAUGCACAUCCCCCGCAUCGCCAUGAUCAUAACGGACGGGCGCCCCCAGGACACGGUGGAGGAGGUGGCAGCACAGGCCCGGCAGGCGGGCAUCCAGAUAUUCGCCAUCGGUGUGGGCAGGGUGGAUAUGAACACGCUGCGGGUCAUCGGGAGUGAGCCCCACUCGGAGCAUGUGUACCUGGUGGCCAACUUCAGCCAGAUAGAGACCCUCACCUCCGUCUUCCAGUCCAAUAUGUGUGGAGCUGUUUUCUCUCUGUUCAUCUCUCAAUACUCUCAUGUGCUUUAAUCAUUAUAUUGAUGGAGAUUCUAAGGAAAUAUUAUUUGUAUGUAUGUGUGUAUGUGUGUGUAUGUAUUAAGUACAGACCUGUGCUCUGUGAUGGACCAUCAGUGUGAUCACCUCUCUGCACCCCAGCCUCCCACAUGUGCCGGUGCAGAAGGGGUUACACCCUUAACUCCGAUGGCAAGACCU